GUUUUCUAUGUUAAUUAAUGAGACGUAAACAAACAGGUGUGCAAGUAAACAAAAGGUGAGGCCCAGCUGUUUCCUUCUCUCCACGGCUUUCCUCCACUUUCCUCCUCUCUCCAGUCUUUCCUCCACGUUCCUCCAAGGCUAAAAGAGCCAUGGCUACGCUACGAUCCGGCACCAAGCUCGGCCCUGCUGGCAGUAGUGAUGACAGCAGCACCAAUGGGACCAGCGCAACACAGAAUGGAGGAGGAAGCGACCCCAAGGAAAAGGAGAACGCACGGACCCGCAAGGUGGUCUUCGGCAGCCUGAUCCUGGACCUGCUGGGCUUCACGGUGGUGCUGCCGCUGUUCCCCGCGCUGCUCGAAUACUACCACCAGAACGACUCCAGCGGCCUCUACGCCUCCCUCCUCGCCUCCGUCACCUCCUUCCAGCACCUCAUUGGAGUGCCCGCAAGGUUCCACUCGGUCCUGUUCGGAGGUCUCUUGGGCUCCCUGUUCUCGCUGCUACAGUUCCUCUUCUCCCCGCUCACUGGCGCUCUCUCGGACGUCUACGGCAGGAAGCCCAUUUUCCUCAUCACCCUGGUGGGUGUGGCAGCCUCCUACGGGCUCUGGGCGGCCGCUAGCAACUUCGCACUCUUCGUUCUGGCGCGGAUCAUCGGCGGCGCGGCGAAGGGGAACGUCUCCCUGGCGUACUCCAUCAUGACGGACGUGUCGGAUGAGCGCACCAGGGCCCGGGGCAUGGCCCUGAUAGGAGUGGCGUUCAGCAUAGGGUUCACCAUUGGGCCGACGGUGGGCGCUGCGUUCUCCAAGUGGGGCAGCUCUGGGUGGUUCGCCGCCUCCGCCCUCUACGCCCUCGCCCUCGCCCUCGCCAAUAUCGCCUUCUUCGCUGCCUUCUUCAGGGAAACGCUGCCGCUGAACAAGCGUCGGCGGAGCAUUGGCGCCAGUCUGUCCGAGGCGUGGGAGCUUAUCAACCCCAGGGCUCUCUUCUCCUUCAGCUCGGUCAAGGGGCUCAGCAAGGAAGAGCGGUCUAAAUUGGUACAGCUCGGGCGGGUCUACUUUCUGUACCUGUUCCUCUAUUCUGGUCUGGAGUUUACGCUGACCUUCGUGACGCACCAUAAGCACAGCUACGACUCCUUGGCGCAGGGUCGCAUGUUCUCCUUCCUGGGCCUGGUCAUGGCGGUCACACAGGGCGGUUUCAUGCGCUCCCUCCGCUCGGGCUCAGAGAAGACCAUGGCUAAUAGGGGUCUGAUGAUGAUGGUGCCGGCCUUCAUCCUCAUAGGGGCGAGCGAGACCAACAUCGGGCUGUACUUUGGCCUCACACUCUACGCCAUUGGCUCCUCCCUCAUGGUUCCUUGCCUCACCGCGAUGGCCUCAAUCCACGGCGCCGCCUCACACAAGGGCACACUGCUGGGCAUCUGGCGGUCACUCGGGGCACUGGCCAGGGCGUUCGGGCCCAUCGUGACGUCCAUAGGCUUCUGGUGGCUGGGCGCUGAGGUCUGUUACAUCAUAGGGGGACUGUCCAUGCUGGCUCCCCUCAUCAUGCUGCAAGCCUACUGAGGCACCCCAAUGCUACGCACACUCAGAAACACAUCAUUGCCGAGAGUGGUCAGCCGGUUAGCCAGUCAGUCGGUCAGUCGCUCAGCCCUGCGCUCACACACUCAGUCACUCACUCACUCAGUCAUGUAUUGUUAGGUUUAAUAUUUUCUUGUUGACUGAUUUUUUUUGUUUAUUUCUUUUGUAUUUUCUUUAUUUAUUUCACUUUUAUUUAUGUUUAUUUUUUAUUUUCUUCGCUUGUCUUUAUCAUUAUUUCUUUCUUCUCUUCCUGUCUUAUUUUUUUGUCUCCUUUCUUUCUUUUUGUGAUUUUUUUCCAUUUUUUCUUCUGUAUUUUCUUUAUUUAACUUUUAUUUAUGUUUAUCUUUUCUUCGCUUGUCUUCAUCAUCUUUUGCUCUGUCAUCUUUUUCUUCUCUCCUUUCUUUUUCUGUGUCUUUUUAAACAAGCUCACUCUGUCCUGUCUCAUAACGUCAAUAUAUCUCGUCUUAUAGAGUUCGACAUUCUCCAUCGCACAAAUUUUUUCACAUCUCUUCCGUGACGUAAAAAGUUGUAUUAUUAGGCGGCUCACUCUCCUAUUCUAUGGCUGUGGUUGAGAGGGCAGGUGUGUGUGUGUGUGUGUGUUUCCCUCGGUCCACCGUGCCACCAUGUCCAGGGUUGUAGGAGGGGAGACUAGGGUAAUGUAAGCAUUAAUGUGACUGUGAGUUCCUGUGUCUUGGGUCCUAUUUUUAAACAUAUCUGUCUCCUAUUAUGGCUGUUUACCAAGGCCGCAGAGAUGGCUGAGUGGGUUUUCAUGGUGUGUUUUCACGCUCAAGAGUCAUAAGCCGUGUAACACUAUCACCAGCGUCACAAAACAGUCCUUGAUAAUCCCAGCAACUUCUACGAGAGGCUUAAUGGUCGUACUCUUUAACGUAACAGACUCCCAUUACGACUGAGUGUGUUUUCAUGGGUGGUUUUCACGCUCAAAGGUCAUAAGCCGUGUAACACUAUCACCAGCGUCACAAAACAGUCCUUGAUCAUCCCAGCAACUUCUAUGAGAGGCUUUUCAACCAGGCAAAGUGAAGUUCCGAUAUGUUUAACCCUUAAGAGUUAAAAAUCUUCAGUGUCGUAUUGGAGGUGAGCGGGGAGAGAGUGUAAUGACCUGUUUAUUAUUAUUAUUAAUCUAUUUAUACUAUUGCUUCUUGUAGUGGUGUGAGACAGAUAUACAGAAAGUGCUCCCAUUUUCUACCGCUGUUAUUCUGCUUAGUGAGUGAACAUACCCAGCAAAGUGACAUAGAAAAUUGUUAUUGUGAUAUAUAUAUAUUGAGAUAACAAGUCCAAGAAAAUAACUCAAAGAAAAACAUGUUAUUGCUGUUGUUAUUUCACAUAGAGAGAGAACAUAGCCAAGCAAAAUAGUGUAGAGAAAGUGUUAAUUUACUCUGAUGUUAAAAAGUUAUAUCAUACCACUGUUGUUAUUUCUACAUAGAGAGAGAUAACAUGUCCUAGAAAAUAACUUACAGAAAAACAUGUUAUUGCUGUUGUUAUUUCACAUAGAGAGAGAACAUAGCCAAGCAAAAUAGUGUAGAGAAAGUGUUAUUACUCUGAUGUUAAGGAAGUGAUGUUGUACCACUGUUGUUAUUUCCACAUAGAGAGAGAACAUACUGAUUUUUUUAGCUUCAUCAUCAAUAGAGAGAGUGUUAUUGUUUUUGUAUAACUCCACAUUAUUAGAGAGAACAUAUCCAGUUUUGUCAGAGAGAGAGAGAGAGAGAGAGAGAGAGAGAGAGAGAGAGAGAGAGAGAGAGAGAGAGAGAGUACAUACUUCAUAAUUGUUAAAACUGUGACUGUUCAAAAAACCCAAAUUUUUUAUAAUGCAUGAUAGUUGGGUAGGUCAGAGAGAGAGAGAGAGAGAGAGAGAGAGAGAGAGAGAGAGAGAGUACAUCAUAAUUGUUAAAACUGUGGAUAUUCAAGAAACCCAAAUUUUUUAUAAUGCAUGAUAGUUGGGUAGGUCAGAGAGAGAGAGAGAGAGAGAGAGAGAGAGAGAGAGAGAGAGAGAGAGAGAGAGAGAGAGAGAGUACAUCAUAAUUGUUAAAACUGUGGAUAUUCAAGAAACCCAAAUUUUUUAUAAUGCAUGAUAGUUGGGUAGGUCAGAGAGAGAGAGAGAGAGAGAGAGAGAGAGAGAGAGAGAGAGAGAGAGAGAGAGAGAGAGAGAGUGUACGUACUUCAAAAUUGUUAAAACUAUGAAUAUUUAAGAAACCCAAAUUUUUUAUAAUGCAUGAUUGUUGGGUAGGUCAGAGAGAGAGAGAGAGAGAGAGAGAGUACAUCAUAAUUGUUAAAACUGUGAAUUUUCAAGAAACACAACUUUUAUAUAGCACAUUUUUAGACUCAUGUAUUUUCUGGUCUGUUCUCUCUCACCCACAUUCCAUUAGCUUUAAGAUGAACCUCGACUAACACGUCUUACUAAAAGGUGCGGUAUUAUGGGACGGAGUGAUUCUCGGCACAGAAUUGAGGCGUCUGGAGAAGCGACAUAUGAGACAGAGACAUUUGACAUUGAGCUCGGAAAGGCAGGGACGACACAUGAAGAACAAGGUACAAGUGACUCUCGGUACUCCAAACACAAGGUCCCUUUUCCCUUGUAACUUGUAUCUUGUUCUUCCUGGGAUUUGUACCAUAACUUUCCCAGGGCAACCUUAAGAAAAUGCCUCUGUUGCUUGGGGGCUUCGUGGUGCAGUGGUUAGCACACUUGCGUCACAACCGAGAGAGCCCAGGUUCGAUUCCUGGGCGGAGUGGAAAAAUUUGGCCGGCUUUUGCGAUACCCUACGCCCCUGUCCACCCAGCAGUGAAUGGGUACCAGGUAUUAAUCAGGGGUUGUGUCCCUUCUCCUGGGGUCUGUUCCCUUCUCCUAUAAUUCCUUCCCCUUCUGUCUCUCUCCGGCAUAUGACCACAGAUGUUGCGCCGACUAAACAAAACUUUCCCUUCUCCUAUAAUUCCUUCCCCUUCUGUCUCUCUCCAGCAUAUGACCACAGAUGUUGCGCCGACUAAACAAAACUUUCCCUUCUCCUAUAAUUCCUUCCCCUUCUGUCUCUCUCCGGCAUAUGACCACAGAUGUUGCGCCGACUAAACCAAACUUUCCCUUCUCCUAUAAUUCCUUCCCCUUCUGUCUCUCUCCGGCAUAUGACCACAGAUGUUGUGCCGACUAAACAAAACUUUCCCUUCUCCUAUAAUUCCUUCCCCUUCUGUCUCUCUCCGGCAUAUGACCACAGAUGUUGUGCCGACUAAACCAAACUUUCCCUUCUCCUAUAAUUCCUUCCCCUUCUGUCUCUCUCUGGCAUAUGACCACAGAUGUUGCGCCCACUAAACCAAACUUUCCUUUUUGCCUCUGUCCCUAAUGCCUCUUUUUCGAAUGCCUCAAUAAUCUGUCUAUCCUCGUAAAUAUCUAUAAGUGUGUAAACAAAUGUAUUAUAUAUUUUUAUGCAUUCUUCCUUCUUAAUCUAUUCCUCACUAAGCCCACCACAUAAUUUCAUCUCCUUGCGUAUCAUAACUAUUAAUACUAGUGCGUGAAGAAACAUAUAUUUUUGCAAGUCUCCCUUCAUAAUUUAUUCCUCAUUAAGCCAAGCACAUAAUUUCGUCUCCUAACUUAUCAUAACUAUUAAUACAAGUGCGUAAAGAAACAUAUAUUUUUACAAGUUUCCCCUCAUAAUCUAUUCCUCACUAAGCCAAGCACUUCUUUUUAUCUCCUUAUCAUAAACAUCUAUAUAUACAAGUAUUUAAAUGUUCGUAUUAUAUAUAUUUUUAUGCGAUAUAUAUGUAUGUUAAAUCUCAUUCUGUCAAACUUGUGAUUUCAUUCCCUAAGUUAGCCAAGGUAAGGGUUCAGAUUCCUUGUGUCUCUGAGUUAAGGAUUUGAAUACAAGAUCUAACCCUAAGAUUGUUAUACAUGUUAAUUUAUUCAUGAAGUGAUUUGAAGUGUCUUAAUCCUCUGUGUUAGUUGAUACAAAGGUUUCGAUCCCUUAUAUCAGCUAACGUAAUAAUUUGAGUAGAGGAUCAAAUACUGUUAUGUGUUGAUUUAAAAAGUGAUGUCUCGCCUUAUCUCACUCCUGAUUCUCUGUAUUAACUGAUAAGAGGUUUGGAUUCUAUGUUGUGAGUUCAUGGUUCAAAUGUAUGAGAUCGAACCCUAAGAUUGUUGUAUAUAUUAAUUUAUUCAUAAAGUAAUUUGUAGCUGUCUUAAAUUCCCAUAUCUCAUUCUUUGAUUCUCUUUGUUAACUGAUAAGAGGUUUGGAUUCUAUGUUCCGAGUUAAUGGUUUAAAUAUGAGAUCAAAGCCUUAGACUGUUAUAAUAUAUGUUAAUUUAUUCAUGAAGUAAUUUGAAGCAGUCUUAAAUUCCCUUAUCUCAUUUCUGAUUCUCUUUGGUAACUGAUAAGAGGUUUGGAUUCUAUGUUCCGAGGUAAUGGUUUAAAUGUAUGAAAUCAAACCCUAAGAUUGUUAUAUAUAUGUUAAUUUAUUUAAGAAGUAAUUUGAAGUGGUCUUAAAUUCCCUUAUCUCAUAUCUGAUUCUCUGUAUUAAUUGAAAAAGGUUUGGAUUCUGUGUUCCAAGUUCAUGGUGUAAAUAAGAGAUCAAACCCUAAGAUUGUUAUAAUAUAUGUUAAUUUAUUCAAGAAGUAAUUUGAAGUGGUCUUAAAUUCCCUUAUCUCAUUCUUUGAUUCUCUGUAUUAAUUGAAAGAGGUUUGGAUUCUAUGUUCCGAGGUAAUGGUUUAAAUGUAUGAAAUCAAACCCUAAGAUUGUUAUAUAUAUGUUAAUUUAUUCAUGAAGUAAUUUGAAGCAGUCUUAAAUUCCCUUAUCUCAUUCUUUGAUUCUCUGUAUUAAUUGAAAAAGGUUUGGAUUCUAUGUUCCGAGUUCAUGGUUUAAAUAUAUGAGAUCAAACCCUAAGAUUGUUAUAAUAUAUGUUAAUUUAUUUAAGAAGUAAUUUGAAGUGGUCUUAAAUUCCCUUAUCUCAUUCUUUGAUUCUCUGUAUUAAUUGAAAGAGGUUUGGAUUCUGUGUUCCGAGGUAAUGGUUUAAAUGUAUGAAAUCAAACCCUAAGAUUGUUAUAAUAUAUGUUAAUUUAUUCAAGAAGUAAUUUGAAGUGGUCUUAAAUUCCCAUAUCUCAUUCUUUGAUUCUCUUUGUUAACUGAUAAGAGGUUUGGAUUCUAUGUUCCGAGGUAAUGGUUUAAAUGUAUGAAAUCAAACCCUAAGAUUGUUAUAUAUAUGUUAAUUUAUUCAUGAAGUAAUUUGAACCCG